CCGCGGUGCUGCGCGCGGCUGAGGUGGAGAGGUGAGAGCGGGCGCCGCCGCCGCCUGCUCGGGCUGAGCGGCCGCGGGGCCGGGCACAGCGGGCAGCUUACCGGGGCGGGCACGGGCCGCAGCAUUAGCAGCAGCAGCUUUAGCAGUAGCAGCAGCAGCAGUAGUAGUAGCAGCAGCAGCAGCAGCAGCAGCCAUGGAUCACUACGACCCGCAGCAGACCAACGACUACAUGCAGCCGGAGGAGGACUGGGACCGGGACCUGCUCCUCGACCCAGCCUGGGAGAAGCAGCAGAGGAAGACAUUUACAGCAUGGUGUAAUUCUCACCUCCGCAAGGCUGGGACACAGAUUGAGAACAUAGAGGAAGAUUUCAGGGAUGGUCUUAAACUCAUGUUACUUCUGGAAGUCAUUUCAGGUGAACGUUUGGCUAAGCCUGAAAGAGGCAAAAUGCGAGUGCACAAAAUAUCUAACGUGAACAAGGCCUUGGAUUUCAUUGCCAGCAAAGGGGUCAAACUAGUGUCUAUUGGAGCAGAAGAAAUCGUGGAUGGCAAUGUUAAAAUGACUCUUGGAAUGAUCUGGACCAUCAUCCUUCGUUUUGCCAUUCAGGAUAUUUCAGUUGAAGAGACAUCUGCUAAAGAAGGACUUUUGUUAUGGUGUCAGAGGAAGACGGCCCCCUACAAAAAUGUAAACAUCCAGAACUUCCAUAUCAGUUGGAAAGAUGGCCUUGGUUUCUGCGCUUUAAUUCAUAGACACCGUCCAGAGCUCAUUGACUACGGGAAGCUACGAAAGGAUGAUCCUCUCACUAAUCUAAACACAGCUUUUGAUGUGGCUGAGAAAUAUCUGGAUAUUCCCAAGAUGCUGGAUGCAGAAGACAUUGUUGGAACUGCCCGUCCUGACGAGAAAGCCAUCAUGACCUAUGUUUCUAGCUUCUACCACGCCUUCUCAGGAGCCCAGAAGGCGGAGACAGCAGCAAAUCGUAUCUGCAAGGUGCUGGCAGUCAACCAAGAAAAUGAACAGCUCAUGGAAGACUACGAAAAACUGGCCAGUGAUCUGCUGGAGUGGAUCCGUCGCACCAUCCCCUGGCUGGAGAACCGGGCCCCAGAGAACACCAUGCAAGCCAUGCAGCAGAAACUGGAAGACUUCCGGGACUAUCGCCGCCUGCACAAGCCCCCCAAGGUCCAAGAGAAGUGCCAACUUGAGAUCAAUUUCAACACCCUGCAGACCAAGCUGCGGCUCAGCAACAGGCCAGCCUUCAUGCCUUCAGAAGGGAAAAUGGUCUCGGAUAUAAACAAUGCCUGGGGUGGCCUAGAGCAGGCUGAAAAGGGCUAUGAGGAGUGGUUGUUGAAUGAGAUCCGGAGGCUAGAGAGGCUGGAUCACCUGGCAGAGAAGUUCCGGCAAAAGGCAUCCAUUCAUGAGUCCUGGACAGAUGGUAAGGAAGCAAUGCUGCAGCAGAAGGAUUAUGAAACUGCUACCCUCUCGGAGAUAAAGGCCCUGCUGAAGAAACACGAGGCCUUUGAGAGCGACCUGGCUGCACACCAGGACCGCGUGGAACAGAUUGCUGCUAUUGCACAAGAGCUGAAUGAGCUGGACUAUUAUGACUCUCCAAGUGUUAAUGCCAGGUGCCAGAAGAUCUGUGAUCAGUGGGAUAAUCUGGGUGCCCUAACCCAGAAACGUAGAGAAGCCUUAGAGAGGACAGAGAAGCUACUGGAAACAAUUGACCAGUUGUACCUGGAAUAUGCCAAACGAGCUGCCCCUUUCAAUAACUGGAUGGAAGGGGCCAUGGAGGACCUGCAGGACACAUUCAUUGUUCACACCAUUGAGGAGAUCCAGGGAUUAACCACAGCCCAUGAACAGUUCAAAGCCACUUUGCCAGAUGCCGACAAGGAGCGACAGGCCAUCCUGGGAAUCCACAAUGAAGUCUCAAAGAUUGUCCAGACAUACCAUGUCAACAUGGCAGGAACGAAUCCUUACACUACGAUCACCCCACAUGAGAUCAAUGGCAAAUGGGAACAUGUGCGGCAACUAGUUCCCAGGAGGGAUCAAGCCCUGAUGGAAGAACAUGCUCGCCAGCAGCAAAAUGAACGACUCCGUAAACAAUUUGGUGCACAAGCCAAUGUCAUUGGACCCUGGAUCCAGACAAAGAUGGAGGAGAUUGGACGCAUUUCAAUAGAGAUGCAUGGGACCCUGGAGGACCAGCUCAAUCACCUGCGGCAGUAUGAGAAAAGCAUUGUGAAUUACAAACCAAAGAUUGACCAGCUGGAGGGAGACCAUCAACAGAUCCAGGAAGCGCUCAUCUUUGACAACAAGCACACCAACUACACCAUGGAGCAUAUCCGGGUGGGCUGGGAGCAGUUACUAACAACAAUUGCUAGAACCAUCAACGAAGUGGAAAACCAGAUUCUGACCCGUGAUGCCAAAGGAAUCAGCCAGGAACAGAUGAACGAGUUCCGGGCUUCUUUCAACCAUUUUGACAGGGACCACUCCGGCACACUUGGCCCUGAGGAAUUCAAAGCCUGUCUCAUCAGCUUGGGUUACGAUAUUGGAAACGAUGCACAGAAGAAGACUGGUAUGAUGGAUUGUGAAGAUUUCCGAGCCUGCCUUAUCUCCAUGGGUUACAAUAUGGGAGAGGCAGAGUUUGCCCGCAUCAUGAGUAUCGUUGACCCUAACCGUUUGGGUGUAGUGACGUUCCAGGCCUUCAUUGACUUCAUGUCCCGGGAAACAGCAGAUACAGAUACCGCUGACCAGGUUAUGGCUUCCUUCAAGAUCCUGGCUGGAGAUAAGAACUACAUCACUGUGGAUGAAUUACGGCGGGAACUGCCUCCUGAUCAGGCUGAAUAUUGCAUUGCUAGAAUGGCACCCUACAAUGGCCGUGAUGCUGUACCUGGUGCCCUGGACUACAUGUCCUUCUCCACGGCACUCUAUGGCGAAAGUGACCUUUAACUUUUUUCUGUCCCACCACACGCUCCCUCCCCUCUCCCCUGUCCCACACGCUCUUCUUUCUCUUUGCAAAGCAGCCUCUGCUCCGCUCUUUUUUGUGUUUCCCUGUUUUGCUUCAGAUAACAGAUCACAUUUUUAAGUGGGGGGGAGGACAUUGACAUGGCACCACCUACCUUGCCCUUGAAAUGACAGUUUACAAAAUUAUUUUGUGCAAAAAAGUUACAUUUUAAAAAGAACAGACAUAUUUUAUUAUAGAAAAAGGUAUUUUUCACCACCAGAUUGAAACUUAAAAAGAAAAUGUUAAAAUACUGCACCAGAUAUUUUUUGUUGUGACAUAGGAAGUCAAGCACAAUGUUACAUUCCAUCCUUUCCAAAAAUAACCAAACAACAACAAAAUACCACUUGUUCUGUUAACUUUUGCAUUUGCAUAUGUCUCUUAUCACGGGAGGGGGGAAGGCACACAAGUGCAUGUGUUUGCUGGUUCACUCAUUUCAUGAAAAUAUUUUAUGAUAAACUUUUGAAAUUGCUGUGUUUUCUAGGGAAAAAAUAAUGUACACAGCUCAUGUUUUCAUAUUUAAUUAAAAAAUACAAUAUGCCUCCUAUGUUUAUCAGUGCACAACUUUUUUUGUUGCUGCGAGUUGUCUGGUUUCACAACAUGAAGCUUGAGAGUUGAUAACUUUGAUAUUGCUUGUCACAAACCAUAUUAAAAAUUUCUUGUGAUAACAA